AUGCCUGUAUCCAAAUACGAGAUCGAUGCUAAAGCGGAUACGGUAAUCGUCUUCAAAACCCCAAGUCCUAGCUUUUCGCCUUGGAGCCCCGCUGAGGUUGAAGGAAGCAUGACAACGCUUGACCAGGGACUUGCUUCUGAAGAUGCUGACCAGACAAUCUCUGUCAAAGUUGCUAUUGUCCCAGAUAAUGAAAGUGAGUCAAUUCCGAACGACACCAAGGGAGACGAAAUUUGGUACUAUGUUUUCUGGCGCCGCCUGAUAUCAACAUCAUUCACAAUGAGCGUACGCUGCGAGAGCCAGGCUCUACGGGACGUGAACGAGGCCGGACGCUACUUGGCGCACGGAGUCCCAGAGAAAAGUUGCAGGAUCGGGAAAAGACUUCCAUAA